AUGUCUGACCCAGAUCGAGGACCCGUAACGCUCCAGCAUCUAGUGCCAGCCGACGCAGACACCUCUGAACAGACUGAGCCAGUGGACCAGUCGACGCCGCAGUUGGACACAGCGAUCUGCGAAACUCCACGGCGUGCGUCUCCCGUUCCAGCCCCUUCGAGGCGGUCGGCGUCAAGUCCCCCACCCCCGGGGGGCACCGCCAAGACCCCUAUGGAUGGUGCUGCUGCGAAGCCGUCACCCGACCGAGUAGUGACCAACCAGCCAAGGCCCGGCCUUCCGCGACCGCCCGGGGCAGGAACGCCGCCUGGAACCUAG